GGGGGGGGGGUUAGUGUCUAAUACGGGAUCUCAAGAUGGCGUCGAGUGGGGGAGACGGAGAACCGGAGUGGACCGCGGCCGUGCGCCCGCUCCUGUCGGCGUCCUACACGGCCUUCGAGACGAAGGAGCUGCCUCAGCUCGUGGGCUCCAUCGUGAACAGUGAAUCAGAGAUUCUGCACCAUGACAAGCAGUAUGAGCCCUUCUACUCAUCUUUCGUGGCCCUGUCUGCACAUUACAUCACCACAGUAUGUGGACAAAUUCCCAGAAACCAGUUGCUGUCAGUGGCAGCGGCCUGUAAAGUGUUGAUCGAGUUCUCGUUGAUGCGACUGGAGAACCCGGAUGAGGCAUGUGCAGUUUCACAGAAGCACCUGAUCCUUUUAAUAAAGGGUCUUUGCACGGGCUGCAGCCGCCUGGACCGCACAGAAAUCAUUACUUUCACAGCCAUGAUGAAGUCUGCCAAACUGCCCUUGACUGUCAAGACACUGUCAGAUGUAGAGGACCAGAAGGAGCUGCCAUCGCCAGUGAACCCUGAGGUCCGACAGAAAGAAGUGCAGAUGAAUUUCUUCAAUCAGCUGACUUCAGUGUUCAACCCUGACAUCACAUGCCUGACAUCACCUUCAGUUCACUCUCAGGCUGAGAGUGAGAAUGAUGACCAGACCAGAGCUGACCAAGCCACUCAAGCCAAAAUGAGGAAUGCCUUUGUGUCUCAGAACGUGUCCAGUUUACAAGAGCUGGGGGGCUCCGAGAAGCUGCUGCGUGUGUGCCUGAACUUGCCCUACUUCCUGCGCUACAUCAACCGCUUCCAGGAUGCCGUUUCGGCAAACUCCUUCUUUAUCAUGCCGGCAACUGUGGCUGACGCCACCGCUGUUCGCAAUGGAUUUCAUUCCCUGGUGAUUGAUGUGACAAUGGCCUUGGACACCCUCUCUCUCCCUGUUCUGGAACCCCUGACACCCACGAGGCUGCAGGAUGUGACAGUGCUGGCCCUGAGCUGCCUUUAUGCCGGCGUGAGUGUAGCUACUUGUAUGGCCAUCCUGCAUGUGGGCAGUGGUUUGCAGCUCCGCAGUGGCUCCACAGGCUCCAAGGAGGAGGAUUAUGAAAACGAUGCUGCUACUAUUGUCCAGAAAUGCCUGGAAAUCUAUGAUAUGAUUGGACAGGCCAUCAGUAAUUCUCGCAGAGCUGGUGGGGAGCACUACCAGAAUUUUCAGCUGCUGGGGGCCUGGUGCCUGCUCAACAGUCUCUAUUUGAUCCUCAACCUGAGCCCCACAGCACUGGCCGAUAAGGGCAAAGAGAAGGACCCCCUGGCUGCUCUGCGAGUGCGAGACAUUGCCGCCCGCACCAAGGAUGGGGCAGGGUCCCCCAAACUGGGACCUGGGAAAGGGCACCAGGGCUUUGGCGUUCUGUCCGUGAUUCUGGCGAACCACUCCAUAAAGCUGCUGUCCUCACUCUUCCAAGACCUACAGGUGGAAGCUUUGCACAGGGCCUGGGCCAGUGAUGGCCCCCCAGCAGAACUGAGCAUCAUGGCCCAGAGCACCUCCAUUCAGAGGGUGCAGAGGCUUAUUGAUUCGGUGCCACUGACCAACCUGCUCUUCACACUGCUCUCCACUUCUUACAAGAAGGCAUGUGUGCUCCAGCGCCAACGGAAGGGCUCUGUCAGCAGCGAUGCCAGCGCCUCCACUGAUUCCAACACCUACUACGAGGAUGACUUCAGCAGUACAGAGGAGGACAGCAGCCAGGGGAUAAGGCGAGUGAAGGCUAUGUUGAGGCAGAUCUUUUGUGCUGGAAGAUGUGGAAACAGAUUCAGGCAGCUCAAGAGCAGAGCAGCAGCAGAGAGAAGACAGGGGAGGACAAAAGCAGCUUGCGUAUCAGAUGACGACAGCGAGCCAAUCCUCGGCCUCUGGUUCGAAGAGACCAUCUCUCCCAGUAAGGAGAAGGUAGCCCCACCACCCCCACCACCUCCACCACCCCUGGAGACAUCGCCCCGUCUGAAGAGCCCGAGCAAGCAGAACACAGGGGAGAACGGCAACAUUCUGGCCAGCCGCAAGGACCCUGAGCUGUUUUUGAGUCUGGCCUCCAGCAUUCUGAACUUCAUCACUACCUCCAUGCUUAAGUCCAGGAACAACUUCAUCCGCAACUACCUGAGUGUGUCCUUGAACGAGCAGCACAUGGCCACACUGGCCAGUAUCAUCAAAGAUGUGGAUAAGGAUAUCAAAGGAUCAUCAGAUGAAGAAUUUGCAUCAGCCCUCUAUCACUUUAACCACUCACUGGUGACAUCAGACCUCCCAUCACCAACUCUGCAGAAUACCCUGCUGCAGCAGUUGGGUGUGGCCCCUUUCUCUGAGGGGCCCUGGCCACUGUACAUCCACCCCCAGUCCCUGUCAGUGCUUUCCAGGCUGCUGCUCAUCUGGCAGCACAAGGCCAGCCAGCAGAGUGACCCUGAUGUGCCAGAGUGCAUGAAGGUCUGGGAGAGGUUUGUGGGCACACUGAAACAGCACACACUGCAGGGACCACCUGCCGACGAGGAUCUCAAUGUGGAGCACCUCCAGCUUCUGCUGCUCGUCUUCCACAACCUGACAGAGAAGGGGCGGCGUGCCGUGCUCAUGCUCUGCAUCCAAGCCAUUGUGGAGGCGGCAGCACACGUUGAGUCCCAGCUGCAGGCCGUACCGCUAGGCCUGGCCAGAAUCCUGCUCAUCUUCCACUACUUGCUGCACCAGUACUCCAAGGCACCGAUGUACCUUUUUGAGCAGGUCCAGUACAAUCUGCUGACUCCCCCUGCAUCCGGGAGCAGUCCCAAUGAAGAGGGUGGCAGACGCAAUGGCCUUCCGCUCUAUUACGGAUUCAAGGAGGUGGAGGAGAACUGGACAAAGCACUGCACGCCAGGUUCAACACUUCAGCCUAAAUUUUACUGUGUCCUGUCACCUGAGGCAUCAGAAGAUGACCGGAGUCGAUUGGACUGCAAGGUCUUCCAGGUUCUGUUCAACGGUGCUGUGAAAUAUGACGACCUGUAUUCCUGCCUGAUCUCCCUGCUCACUGCAGGCUCCCAGUUUGACACAGCCAGGAGGCAGGAGAACAAGCCCAUCACACCUGUGGAGGCCUGUUCCCUGCAGUACUACUUCUUGGUGCUGUGGCGCAUCCUGGGUGUCCUGCCUCCCUCCAAGGCCUACAUUGAGCAGCUAAAGGGAAGCAGCAGUGAGGCUGGUGACUGCGACAUCCUGCACACGUUGCGCUGGUCAUCCCGUCUGCGAGUCAGCACCUACGUCAACUGGAUCAAGGAGCAUCUGGUAAAGCAGGGCAUGAAGCCUGACCAUGCCACCUCUCUGAUUGAAGUGGUUGCUGCCAAGUGCAGUGCUGUGAAGUAUGAUGUUGAGUUGGCUGAAGAAUACAUCGCCAGACAGAUCUCCUCUUUCUGCUGCAUCGACUCUAACACAAUCCUGCCACUGCACCAAGUGCCCAACCUUCAGAGCAUCUAUACCUUGGAUGCCGUGAUCUCCAAAGUGCAAGUCUCCCUGGAUGAGCACUUCUCCAAGGUAGCUGCAGAAACGGAUCCUCACAAGUCAUCUGAGAUCACAAAGAACCUGCUACCGGCCACACUUCAGCUGAUCGAUAUAUACACAGCCUUCACCAGGUCCUACCUGUUGAUGAGUCUACCGGAGGAAGGCGAGAACAAGCUGUCACCGGAGAAACUGCAGGGAUACGCGGCUGUGCUCUCCAUUGGCUCCACGCGCUGCAAAGCCAAUGUGCUCGGUUCCGCUGUGAUGCAGAACCUCCCGUCAGCCGUGCAGACGCUGUGCGAGACGUGGAACGGCAUUCACACAAGCGAAUUCCCAAACAUCGGCUCCUGGAGAAAUGCCUUUGCUAACGACACCAUCCCCUCGGAGAGCUACAUCAGCGCCAUCCAGGCUGCCCAUCUGGGAACACUGAGCAACCAGUCGUUACCACUGGCCUCCUCCCUCAAACAUAUCCUGUUGUCCCUAGUGCGACUCACAGGGGACCUCAUUGUCUGGUGCCCGGAGGAGCUGAACCCCCCUCAGGUGAUCUGCUCACUGUUGCCCCUACUGCUGGAGAGUAGUACGGAGAGUGUGGCUGAGAUCAGCAGCACCUCACUGGAGCGAAUUCUGGGCCCUGCAGAAUCCGAUGAGUUCCUGGCCCGCGUUUACGAGCGCCUUGUCACAGGGUGCUACAACAUCAUUGCCAACCACUCUGACCCUAACAGUGGUCUGGAUGAGUCUGUGCUGGAGGAGUGUCUGCAGUAUUUGGAGAAGCAGCUGGAGAGCAGCCAGGUGCGCAAAGCCAUGGAGGAGUUCUUCUCAUACAGUGGUGAACUGGUGCAGAUAAUGAUGGCGACGGCCAAUGAAAACCUAUCAGCCAAGUUCUGCAAUCGGGUCCUGAAGUUCUUCACUAAGCUGUUCCAGCUCGCUGAGAAGAGCCCCAAUCCCAGCUUGUUGAACCUCUGCAGCUCCCUAACCCAGCUGGCCUGUGUGGAGCCCCCCCGCCUGCAGGCCUGGCUCACACGCAUGACGGCCUCUCCACCUCGUGACUCGGACCAGCUAGAUGUGGUGCAGGAAAACCGGCAGCUGCUGCAGCUCCUUACAGGACACAUUGUGCGGGACAGCAGUCAAGUUGGCGAGGGCGUGUGCGCUGUUCUCCUCGCCACGCUCAUACCCAUGGCCACCGAGAUGCUGGCUAGCGGCGAUGGUGCCGGAUUCCCUGAGCUCAUGCUCAUUAUGUCCACUCUGGCCAGUGCUGGUCAGGGGGCGGGACACCUGCAGCUCCACCGCGCUGCCAUCGAUUGGCUCAACAGAUGCAAAAAGUACCUUACUCAGAAAAAUGUAGUGGAAAAGGUCAGCGCAAACGUGUCACAAGGCAAACACGCUAGCAUGCUGGAGUGCUCCUGCCACAUAAUUUCCUACCUGGCAGACGUGAUGAAUGCCCUGCGACAGAGUGCCGGUGGACCAGGCACCUCCCAGCUCUUGGUGGAGGGUGAGGAAAGGGCCAUCGAGGUGGACUCGGAUUGGGUGGAGGAACUGGCAGUCGAAGAGGAAGACUCGCAGGCUGAGGACUCGGAUGAAGAUUCUCUAUGCAAUAAGCUAUGCACUUUCACCAUCACACAGAAGGAGUUCAUGAACCAGCACUGGUACCACUGUCACACCUGUAAGAUGGUAGAUGGGGUUGGUGUAUGUACAGUGUGCGCCAAAGUCUGUCACAAAGACCAUGAAAUCUCCUACGCAAAGUACGGUUCCUUCUUCUGUGACUGCGGCGCCAAAGAGGAUGGAAGCUGCCAGGCUCUGGUUAAGCGCAGUCCCAGCAGUGGCAUAAGCUCCACCAUGAAGGAGUCUCCAGCGUUCCAAAGCGAGCCACGCAUUCCUGAGAGUGCCGUCCGCCACCAGAGCACCUCUCCUGCUGAAAAGGGCAAAGUGACCGUGUGCGACGGCAAGUCUGGUGACGAGGAUAAGCCAGCAAAGAGCAGCGUGUGCCGCAGCGUCGAGGGCUGCCGCCAAGAACUGCUGCCACAAGUGCUUAGCUCCAGUACAGCGGCCAUCGUGUUGGAGAUGCUAACCUUUCUGAUGGAUGCCAUCCAGACGAACUUCCAGCAGGCAUCAGCAGUGGGCAGCAGCAGCCGUGCUCAACACGCUCUUCACGAGCUGCACACCCAGGACAAGACUGUAGAGAUGACAGACCAGCUCAUGGUUCCAACUCUGGGAUCACAGGAGGGAGCGUUUGAGAAUGUGCGUAUGAAUUACAGCGGGGAUCAAGGGCAGACCAUCCGGCAGCUGAUCAGUGCCCACGUACUGAGGAGAGUUGCCAUGUGCGUUCUGUCCUCUCCCCAUGGACGCCGCCAGCACCUAGCCGUCAGCCACGAGAAGGGCAAGAUCACUGUCCUGCAGCUUUCAGCACUGCUGAAACAAGCAGACUCGAGCAAGAGGAAGCUAACACUGACUCGUUUGGCCUCUGCCCCAGUGCCCUUCACCGUCCUCAGUCUCACAGGGAACCCCUGCAACGAGGACUACCUGGCUGUGUGUGGCCUAAAGGACUGCCAUGUUUUAACCUUCAGCAGCACAGGCUCAGUUUCGGACCACCUUGUGCUGCACCCUCAGCUGGCUACCGGAAACUUCAUCAUAAAGGCUAUCUGGCUGCCUGGCUCCCAGACAGAGCUGGCUAUCAUCACAGCUGACUUUGUCAAGAUUUAUGACCUUUCUGUGGAUGCCUUGAGCCCUAUGUACUACUUCCUGCUCCCGAGUUCAAAGAUACGCGACGCCUCCUUCCUGUUCAAUGAGGAGGGCAAGAACAUCAUCGUCAUCAUGUCAUCAGCAGGGUACAUCUACACGCAGGUGAUGGACGAGUCCAGCAGUGCCCAGCACGGCCCCUUCUACGUCACCAACGUGCUGGAGAUAAACCAUGAAGACCUGAAGGACAGCAAUGGACAGGUGGCAGGGGGUGGAGUCUCUGUCUACUACUCCCACGUGUUGCAGAUGCUUUUCUUCAGUUACAGCCAGGGCAAGUCAUAUGCUGCCACAGUCAGCCGCAGCACAAUGGAAAUGCAGCGGCUCUUCACUAUCAGCGUCAAGGGCUCCAAUGGUGGCAGUAAGACAUCCCCUGCUCUCUGCCAGUGGUCUGAGGUGAUGAAUCACCCAGGUUUGGUGUGCUGCGUUCAGCAGACUACAGGGAUACCACUAGUUAUCAUGGUGAAGCCAGACACAUUCCUCAUCCAAGAGAUCAAAACAUUGCCUGCUAAAGCCAAGAUCCAAGACAUGGUAGCAAUCAGGCACACAGCCAGCAAUGAGCAGCAGCGCACCACAAUGAUUUUGCUGUGUGAGGACGGCAGCCUGCGCAUCUACAUGGCAAAUGUGGAGAACACAUCCUACUGGCUGCAGCCCGCUUUGCAGCCCAGCAGUGUCAUCAGUAUCAUGAAACCAGUCCGCAAGCGGAAGGCUACCACCACCACCACACGCACAUCCAGCCAGGUGACAUUUCCUGUGGACUUCUUUGAGCACAACCAGCAGCUGUCAGAAGUGGAGUUUGGGGGGAACGACCUGCUGCAGGUCUAUAAUGGACAGCAGAUCAAGCACCGCCUGAACUCUACCGGGAUGUAUGUGGCCAACACUAAGCCUGGUGGUUUCACAGUGGAGGUGAUCAACAACAACAGCUCUAUGGUAAUGACAGGCAUGCGGGUUCAGGUGGGCACCCAAGCCAUUGAGCGGGCCCCCUCCUACGUGGAAGUCUUUGGCCGCACCAUGCAAUUGAACCUGACCCGUGCCCGCUGGUUUGACUUCCCUUUUACCCGUGAGGAAGCCUUACAAGCUGACAAGAAGCUCUCCAUCUUCAUUGGAGCCUCCGUGGAUCCUGCUGGUGUCACCAUGUUGGACUCUAUCAAGGUGUAUGGGAAGACCAAGGAGCAGUUUGGUUGGCCAGACGAGCCACCAGAGGACUUCCCCUCAGCCUCUGUCAACAACACCUGUAGCCCUAACCUUAACCAGAGCAAUGGCACCGGGGAGAGCGACAUGGCGACACCCACCUCCUCCAGUGGAACUGUGCUUGAGAGUUGUGAAACUGAGUCCUUAUCGACCUUGGACCGGUUGGUGGUCAGUUCCCUGGAGGCUCUGGAAAGCUGCUUUGCCAUUGGCUCCACCAGCGAGAAGGAGAAGAACAAGGCAGCUGCCCUGGAGCUGGCCACACAGCUGCUGUCUAUGCCGACUCCCACUGGUGUCCAGCAGCAGACAAAGGGACUGCUGGCCAGUCUGCACACUAGCCGCACAGCCUACCACAACCAUAAGGACCAGUCUCUGCUGAGCAAUGCAGUACAGUGUCUGAACAGCUGCAGCAGGGAGGCCAGGGACUUGGACCCUGACGUGUUCCAGAGGCUGGUGAUUACUGCUCGCUCCAUCGCCAUAAUGAGACCCAACAACCUGGUGCAUUUCACUGAGUUCAGGCUGUCCCACCCAGACACAGAAGCAGGCAGUGACAACAAAGAGGGCCAGAAGUCAUCAGAGAGUGAGGGCUGUAGCUUCAUCAUGCAGCUGGUGAACCAUUUCUGGAAACUUCAUGCUCUCAAACCCAAGAAUGCCUUCCUGGCCCCAGCCUGCUUGCCAGGUCUCACCCACAUUGAAGCCACAGUGAAUGCUCUAGUGGACAUCAUUCAUGGGUACUGCACCUGUGAACUGGACUGCAUCAACGUGGCAUCCAAAAUCUACAUGCAGAUGUUGCUUUGCCCUGACACCUCCGUGAGCUUUGCCUGCAAGCAGGCUCUGAUGCGUGUGCUGAGACCCAGGAACAAGCGCAGACAUGUGACACUUCCUUCUCCCCCUCGCUCCAACACACCCAUGGGGGACAAAGACGAUGACGACGACGAUGACGCAGAUGAGAAGAUGCAGCCAUCAGGCAUGACUGCGGGGGAAGGUGGCCGGCAGGAGAGCCAAGAGCAAAGUGAGGUGGAUCAUGGAGAUUUUGAGAUGGUGUCGGAGUCCAUGGUCCUGGAGACAGCGGAGAAUGUGAACAAUGGCAAUCCCUCUCCGCUGGAGGCUCUACUGGCUGGAGCAGAGGGCUUCCCACCAAUGCUGGACAUUCCUCCUGAUGCCGAUGAUGAGACUAUGGUGGAGCUAGCCAUCGCCCUGAGCCUCCAGCAGGAUCAGCAAGGGAGCAGCAGCAGCGCCCUUGGACUCCAGAGCCUUGGUCUUUCUGGUCAGGCACCAAGCUCCUCCUCCCUGGAUGCAGGCACCCUGUCGGACACCACGGCAUCAGCUCCAGCCUCGGACGACGAGGGCAGCACAGCGGCCACUGACGGCUCCACCCUGCGCACCUCGCCGGCCGAGCACGGGGGCAGCGUGGGCUCUGAGAGUGGCGGCAGCGCCAUCGACUCGGUGGCUGGCGAGCACAGUGUGUCUGGUCGGAGCAGCGCCUACGGGGACACAGCGGCCGAGGGCCACCCAGCUGGCCCUGGCAGCAUCAGCUCCAGCACUGGAGCCAUCAGCACCACAACGGCCCAACAGGAGGGCGAGGGAUCUGAAGGAGAGGGAGAGAAUGAGGGAGAUGUCCACACAAGCAAUCGGCUGCACAUGGUCCGACUCAUGCUCCUGGAGCGCCUUCUACAGCACCUCCCCCAGUUGCACAGUGUUGGAGGGGUGCGAGCCAUCCCCUACAUGCAGGUGAUCCUCAUGCUGACAGCUGACCUGGAUGGAGAGGAUGAGAAGGACAAAGGAGCCCUGGAUGACCUGCUGGCGCAGCUCAUUGGAGAGCUUGGCAUGCACAAGAAGGAUGUGUCCAAGAAGAACGAGCGCAGCACCAUAAACGAGGUUCAUCUGGUCAUUAUGAGGCUGCUGAGUGUAUUCAUGUCACGCACCAAGUCAGGCUCCAAGUCGUCUUCGGAGUCGUCAUCGUUCAUCUCCAAUGCCACAGCCACAGCACUGCUGAGCUCCGGAGCCAUUGACUACUGCCUGCAUGUGCUCAAGGCCUUGCUGGACUUCUGGAAGACUCAGCAGGGUGAGGAGGAACCUGCUGUCACUAGCCAGCUGCUCAAGCCUCACACGUCCUCCUCCCCGCCAGACAUGAGCCCCUUCUUCCUGCGCCAGUACGUCAAGGGCCACGCAGCUGAUGUAUUUGAAGCGUACUCACAGCUACUCACUGAGAUGGUGCUUCGCCUGCCGUAUCAGAUCAAGAAGAUUGCCGACACCAACUCACGCAUCCCACCACCUAUUUUUGACCACUCUUGGUUCUACUUCCUGUCUGAGUACCUGAUGAUCCAGCAGACUCCAUUUGUGCGGCGCCAGGUGCGCAAGCUGCUACUCUUCAUCUGUGGCUCUAAGGAGAAGUACCGACAGCUGCGUGACCUGCACACACUCGACUCGCAUGUGCGCAGCAUCAAGAAGUUGCUUGAGGAGCAAGGGAUCUUCCUCAGGGCUGGUGUCGUCACGGCAACAUCUGGCUCUGCGCUGCAGUACGAUACCCUCAUCAGCCUGAUGGAGCAUCUGAAAGCAUGUGCUGAGAUUGCAACCCAGAGGACCAUCAACUGGCAAAAAUUCUGCAUGAAAGAUGACUCGGUGCUAUACUUCCUGCUGCAAGUCAGCUUCCUGGUGGACGAAGGCGUGUCUCCGGUGCUACUGCAGCUGCUUUCCUGCGCACUCUGUGGCAGUAAGGUACUGGCAGCAGCAACAGCUGCAGCCUCAGGGGUUUCAGGCGGAGCUGCAGGGGCCUCCCAGUCCUCCCAGAGCAAGUCCUCUAGCAAAAAGAGCAAGAAGGAGGACAAGGAGAAGGAGAAGGAAGCUGAUGGUGUGGGGAGCCAGGAAGAUCAGCUGUGCACAGCUCUGGUGAGUCAGCUCAACAAGUUUGCUGACAAGGAGACUCUCAUCCAAUUCCUGCGCUGCUUUCUGCUGGAGUCCAAUUCCUCAUCCGUACGCUGGCAAGCCCACUGCCUGGCACUGCACAUUUACAGGAACUCCAAUAAGUCCCAACAGGAGCUGCUCCUGGACCUCACAUGGGCCAUUUGGCCAGAGCUCCCAGCAUAUGGACGUAAAGCUGCUCAAUUUGUGGACCUGCUGGGAUACUUCUCUCUGAAGACUCCACAGACUGAGAAAAAGCUGAAAGAGUACUCCCAGAAGGCAGUUGAGAUUCUAAGAGCACAAAACCACAUUCUCACAAACCACCCCAACUCCAACAUCUAUAACACUCUGUCAGGACUGGUCGAGUUUGAUGGCUAUUACUUGGAAAGUGACCCAUGCUUGGUCUGCAACAACCCCGAAGUGCCCUUUUCUAACAUUAAACUGUCCUCCAUCAAAGUGGACACACGUUACACUACCACCCAGCAAGUGGUCAAGCUCAUCGGCAGCCACACAAUCAGCAAGGUCACAGUCAAGAUUGGCGACCUCAAACGCACCAAAAUGGUGCGCACCAUCAACCUGUAUUACAACAACAGGACGGUGCAGGCUAUAGUGGAGCUCAAGAACAAGCCUGCCCGAUGGCAUAAGGCCAAGAAGGUUCAGCUGACCCCUGGGCAGACCGAAGUGAAGAUUGACCUGCCCCUGCCCAUUGUGGCUUCAAACCUCAUGCUCGAGUUUGCUGAUUUCUAUGAGAACUACCAGGCCUCCACAGAAACGCUACAGUGCCCUCGCUGCAGCGCAUCAGUGCCUGCCAAUCCAGGCGUGUGCGGCAACUGUGGGGAGAAUGUCUACCAGUGUCACAAGUGCAGGUCCAUAAACUACGAUGAGAAGGACCCCUUCCUUUGUAACGCCUGUGGUUUCUGCAAAUACGCCCGCUUCGACUUCAUGCUGUAUGCUAAGCCCUGCUGUGCCGUGGAUCCCAUAGAGAAUGAGGAGGACAGGAAGAAGGCUGUAACCAAUAUCAAUACCCUGCUGGACAAAGCUGACCGUGUCUACCACCAGCUCAUGGGCCACCGGCCACAGUUGGAGAGCCUGCUGUCCAAGGUUAAUGAAGCUGCCCCUGAGAAGCCACAGGAUGACACAGGUGCUGGGGCUGGCCUGGGGGCCUCUUCUGCCAGUGUCAACAGGUACAUCCAGCAGCUUGCACAGGAGUACAGCGGUGACUGCAAGACCUCCUUCGAUGAGCUUUCCAAGAUCAUCCAGAAAGUACUGGCGUCGCGCAAGGAACUCCUGGAGUACGACCUGCAACAGCGUGAGGCGGCCACCAAGUCGUCACGCAGCAGCACGCAGCCUACCUUCACAGCCAGCCAAUACCGCUCGCUUUCCGUGCUGGGCUGCGGCCACACCUCCUCCACAAAGUGUUAUGGCUGUGCUUCAGCUGUGACGGGUCACUGCAUCACACUGCUACGGGCAUUGGCCACCAACCCCAGCAUCCGGCAGAUCCUGGUGCUCCAGGGCCUCAUCCGUGAGCUCUUUGAGUACAACCUGCGGCGUGGCACAAGCGCCAUGCGUGAGGAGGUUCGCCAACUCAUGUGUCUCCUCACCAGAGACAACCCUGAUGCUACUCAGCAAAUGAACGACCUCAUCAUUGCUAAAGUGUCAGCUGCACUGAAGGGCCACUGGGCCAACCCUGACCUGGUGAGCAGCCUGCAGUAUGAAAUGCUGCUACUUACUGAUUCCAUCGCCAAGGAGGGGGGCUGCUGGGAGCUGCGGCUCCGCUGUGCUCUCAGCCUGUUCCUCAUGGCUGUAAACAUCAAAACCCCUGUGGUGGUAGAGAAUAUCACCCUGAUGUGCCUCAGGAUCCUGCAGAAACUCAUCAAGCCACCAGCUCCCACCAGCAAGAAGAACAAGGAUGCUGCUGUAGAAUCCCUGACCACAGUGAAGCCCUACAGCAAUGAGAUACAUGCCCAGGCCCAGCUCUGGCUCAAAAAGGACCCCAAGGCAUCGUAUGAAGCCUGGAAAAAGUGCCUUCCUGCUAGAGGGCAAGAAGCAGUCUCUAAGCCCCUAAGUAAAGCUGAGGUACGGAAGCAGUAUCUCCUGGAAAAAUAUGUGUGGAAGUGGAAGCAGUUCAUGAGCAAGCGUGGCAAAAGGACCUCUCCACUGGAUCUAAAGCUGGGACACAACAACUGGCUGCGUCAGGUGCUCUUCACCCCUGCCACACAGGCAGCGCGGCAGGCUGCUUGUACCAUUGUGGAAGCUCUCACCACCAUCCCCUGUCGCAAACAGCAAGUCUUGGACCUGCUCACUAGCUACCUCGAUGAGUUGAGCUUGGCUGGUGAGUGUGCUGCAGAGUACCUGGCCCUGUACCAGAAGCUCAUCAAGCCUGCCCACUGGAAGGUGUAUCUAGCUGCACGUGGGGUUCUGCCUUACAUCGGCAACCUUAUCACUAAGGAAAUUGCACAUCUUCUGGCCCUUGAGGAUGCCACCCUAAGUACAGACUUGCAGCAGGGCUACGCCCUCAAGAGCCUGACAGGCCUGCUUUCCUCCUUUGUGGAAGUGGAGUCCAUCAAGCGGCAUUUCAAGAGCCGGCUGGUGGGAACGGUGCUCAAUGGCUACCUCUGUCUGCGGAAGCUGGUGGUGCAGCGCACGAAGCUCAUUGACGAGACGCAGGACAUGUUGCUGGAGAUGUUGGAGGACAUGACUACAGGGACGGAGUCAGAAACUAAGGCCUUCAUGGCAGUGUGCAUCGAGACAGCUAAGCGCUACAACCUUGAUGACUACAGGACACCAGUGUUCAUCUUUGAGAGGCUGUGCAGCAUCAUCUACCCUGAGGAGAAUGAGGUGACAGAAUUCUUUGUGACUUUGGAGAAGGACCCCCAGCAGGAGGACUUCUUGCAGGGCCGCAUGCCAGGGAACCCAUACAGUAGCAAUGAGCCUGGCAUUGGACCGCUGAUGAGGGACAUCAAAAACAAGAUCUGCCAGGACUGCGACUUGGUGGCGCUGCUGGAAGAUGAUAGUGGCAUGGAGUUACUUGUGAAUAACAAGAUAAUUAGCCUUGAUCUUGCAGUGGCUGAGGUCUACAAGAAGGUGUGGUGCCCCACCAACGAGGGUGAACCGAUGAGAAUCAUCUAUCGGAUGAGGGGUCUUCUGGGAGAUGCCACCGAGGAGUUCAUUGAGUCACUGGACUCCACCACAGAUGAGGAGGAGGAUGAUGAGGAGGUGUACAAAAUGGCUGGGGUGAUGGCACAGUGCGGGGGCUUGGAGUGCAUGCUCAACCGGCUGUCUGGGAUCAAAGACUUCAAGCAGGGGAGGCAUCUGCUCACAGUCCUCCUGAAGCUUUUCAGUUAUUGUGUAAAGGUGAAGAUCAACAGACAACAGCUAGUCAAACCAGAGAUGAACACUCUGAAUGUCAUGCUGGGAACUCUCAAUCUGGCACUGGUGGCUGAGCAGGAAAGCAAGGACAGCGGUGGGGCAUCCAUAGCUGAGCAGGUUCUCAGCAUCAUGGAGAUCAUCCUGGAUGAGGCAAACGCAGAGACACUGUCUGAGGACAAGGGUAACUUGCUGCUGACAGGGGACAAGGAUCAGCUAGUGAUGCUCCUCGACCAGAUCAACACGCCCUUUGUGCGCUCCAAUCCCAGUGUGCUGCAAGGCCUGUUGCGCAUCAUCCCAUACCUGUCCUUCGGUGAGCUGGAGAAGAUGCACAUCCUGGUGGAGCGCUUUAAGCCCUGCUGCAACUUUGACAAGUAUGACGAGGAGCACAGCGCAGAUGACAAGGUCUUCCUGGACUGCUUCUGUAAGAUUGCUGCAGGGAUCAAAAACAACAGUAAUGGCCAUCAGCUCAAGGACCUAAUCCUACAGAAGGGGAUUACCCAGAAUGCACUGGAUUACAUGAAGAAGCAUAUCCCCAGCGCCAAAAAUCUGGAUGCGGACGUUUGGAAGAAGUUCCUCUCCCGCCCAGCUCUGCCCUUCAUUCUGAGGCUGCUCCGUGGCCUGGCCACCCAGCAUCCCCCUACACAGAUGUUGAUUGGAACAGACUCAAUCAGCAACCUGCACAAGCUGGAGCAGGUGUCCAGUGAUGAAGGCAUCGGCACACUGGCAGAGAACCUACUGGAAGCGCUGCGUGAGCAUGCCGAUGUGAACCUCAAGAUAGAUGCAGCACGCCGUGAGACGCGGGCCGAGAAGAAGCGCAUGGCCAUGGCUAUGAGGCAGAAGGCCCUGGGCACCCUGGGAAUGACCACCAAUGAGAAAGGACAGGUGGUAACGAAGACCUCGCUGCUGAAACAGAUGGAGGAGCUCAUUGAGGAACCUGGGUUGACGUGUUGCAUUUGCAGGGAGGGCUACAAGUUCCAGCCCACAAAAGUCCUGGGAAUCUACACAUUCACAAAGCGUAUCGCUCUGGAGGAGUUUGAGAACAAGCCUCGCAAGCAGCAGGGCUACAGCACAGUCUCACACUUCAACAUCGUCCAUUACGACUGCCACCUGGCUGCUGUCCGGCUGGCUCGGGGGCGUGAGGAGUGGGAGAGUGCUGCCCUACAGAACGCCAAUACCAAGUGCAAUGGGCUUCUGCCGGUGUGGGGGCCACAUGUACCGGAGUCUGCCUUUGCCACCUGCCUAGCCAGGCACAACACAUAUCUGCAGGAGUGCACGGGCCAGCGGGAGCCAACCUACCAGCUGAACAUCCAUGACACCAAGCUACUGUUCCUGCGCUUCGCCAUGGAGCAGUCCUUCAGUGUGGACACGGGGGGCGGCGGCCGCGAGAGCAACAUUCACCUCAUCCCUUACAUCAUCCAUACCGUGCUUUAUGUUCUCAACACCACCAGGGCUACCUCCCGAGAGGAGAAGAACCUGCAGAGCUUCUUGGAGCAGCCAAUGGAGAAAUGGGUGGAGAGUGCAUAUGAGGUGGACGGGCCGCACUACUAUACCGUGCUGGCACUGCACGUUCUGCCACCUGAGCGCUGGCGGGCCACGCGCCUCGACUUCUUGCGCCGCCUGCUUGUUACUGUGCACGCCCGCAAGGUGUCUCCAGGGGGUGCCACAAAACUGACGGACAAGGCAGUGAAGGAGUACGCAGUGUAUCGCUCACCGCUGCUCUUCUGGGGCCUUGUGGAUCUCGUCUAUGACAUGUUCCGGAAAGUGCCCACUAGCAACACUGAGGGGGGCUGGUCCUUCUCCCUGGCUGAGUAUGUGAGGCACAAUGACAUGCCCAUCUACGAGGCAUCGGAGCGUGUGCUUCGGGCUUUCCAGGAUGAGCUCAUGCCCGCCGAGUCCUUCUCAGAGUUCUUCGAUGUCGUAGGGCUUUUGUCCGAGAUCCCAGACCCUGAUGGCUUCCUGCAAGACUUGCUGAAUUCUGUGCCCUGAGGGGAUUUAUUACUGGACUCGUAGCAGUUCUGAUUUGCACCGGCAUCCCACCUUGGGACGUUGUCUCUUUACAGGGCACCUGUAGGGCAGCGGCAGGGGGAAAGAGGCUCCCAGCUUUGACAUACUCGUAUAUGCACACAAACACAUGUCCAGCUUUGGCCCUGGUUUCUACUUUGAGCCGCCUUCAGUACGUUCUUCUGUGUCAUCUUCAAACAUAACUCUUAAACCACGAAAUUAUACAUGUAACCUGAAAAGUUAAUGCAUUCAAUACUAUAAGGGGUUCUGUAAUAUUUAAAACCCAUGUUUCUUGCAACAUGACUGGGUGUAGAAUCUUCAAGUAAUUUUAAAUAUUUUGAGUUAAAUGAAUCUGGGGAAAAUUUAAUUUCAUUUAGGUUGGAGUCCCCCCCCCCCCCUUCUCCCCCCUGUCCCUUAAUUUCCAAAUUGAGAAGCAGCUACUGCUGGCUUCAGUGAACUAACUCAUCUUUGUGUGUGGUGUUUGGGUUUUUUUUUUUUUUUUUGCAGUGAUAUAAUUGGACCUGAUUAAUUUGUGAGACUUGAUGAUAACUAUGCUUUUGACCAUUCUUUAAGGCUCCACGCAUGUGUUAGAGAUCUGUCUAUGGCACAAUGAAAGGGAUGAAAAGAAAAAAAGGAUUUUCUUUGCGCUUGUUAAGAAGUAGUAAACCCUGACUGAGGUUAUCCCUGCAGUCAGGGUACUGAAGCUGUAUUAUUGCCCAGAUGGGAAAGUAAAAGGCCACAAUUAUGUACUUUAGGGGAGGGGGAGAUGAAAAAGUCUUUUUGGUAUUGGUCAUUGUUUGGUUUAAAUUCUAACUCUGAUCCCUUCUGAGCCCUACUCUACACUGGCUUGUUCAUGUGCAGGUUUUCUUCAUUCACAAGAUCAUGACAUGACAAUACUCCUGUAGAUGAGUCGUUUCCCAGAGGAGUUUUUAUUCCUGGUUAAGGCCAGCGCCGCUGAGCUCGGUGUCAGUGGUGUGGCGGCCUGCAGGGGGCGCCCUCGUGCUCAGAGCGGAAUGCAUGGUGUGGACUUUGUUUCAAUCCAGUUAGUGUUUCUUUGCCUAUUCCCGCUGCUACAGUGUUCAACUUUUGCUGAAUGUCUGCUUUUUUUUUUUGUUUUUUUUUUUUUGGUUUAGCAAAAGAUUAAUAAAGCUGUAAUAAU